CUUGCUUCGGUCAUCCCUGAUAUAAAUAGUAGCUGCUUGUUGUGAAGCACUGCUUUCAUUAAAUCAACCACUCUCCAAUUACACCUGGUGUUCGGUCAAGGUCACCACCCGACAACAUUUCGCAUCUUUCAUCAGGUCGAUCGAUUCCCAAGUCCGAUAAUCACCAUGGCUGACGAAACCGUCAACAUUGCUCCCAAUGAGAAGGAGACCAACGGUGUCCAGCAGCAGACGGCGGUCCCGCGCCAGGGCUUCACACACAACCACCACAACGACUUCAAUGAGAUGACCAUUGGCCAGUAUGCCCAGGCUUUUGGUGGUGCUCUCCAGCCCGGUGCUUGGAGGCCAUAUGAGCACCGCAAGCUCGCCAACCCCGCCCCUCUGGGUCUUUCUGCCUUCGCUUUGACUACCUUUGUCCUAUCCGCCGUCAACAUGCACGCUCGAGGAGUCUCGGCCCCCAAUGUCGUUGUGUCUCUCGCCUUUGGUUAUGGCGGUCUUGUUCAGCUGCUUGCUGGCAUGUGGGAGGUUGCUGCCGGUAACACCUUCGGUGCUACUGCUCUGGGCUCAUAUGGUGGUUUCUGGAUCUCAUACGGUAUUCUCUUGACCCCCGAAUGGGGUAUCACGGCUCCUGAUGGUCCGUACGAGGGCAACGUUGCUAGCGUGCUUGGCUUCUUCCUGACUGGCUGGUUCAUUUUCACCACUGUGCUUCUGCUCUGCACCCUGCGAUCCACUGUUGCUUUCUUCCUCCUCUUCUUCUUUCUUGACCUGGCCUUCUUCUUCCUCGCCAUGGAGCAAUACGCUGCCGACUUGGGCAACGCGACCGCUUCCCUGGCUUUGCAGAAGACUGGUGGUCUCUUUGGUUUCUUGGCUGCUUUCGCGGCUUGGUACAAUGCCUUGGCCGGUAUCCAGGACAGCAGCAACUCCUUCUUCCAGGUUCCCGUCAUCCACUUCCCCUGGUCCGAGGCCGCUCGUGAGCGCCGUGCCAGCAAGUCUGAGCGUGCUCAGGCAUAAAUUUCGUCUUAGGAAGUGUGAUCUGUUCUUGGUUAUGAUGAGCGAUGCUGGAAAAGGAAUGAUACCUGAGUGAAGCGAGCGCGCGGUUCCUAGCGGGCUGGGCUGCGAGUAGGAAUGAAUACAACUGGGCCUUUUUUCUUUUUUUUUUUUUUU